AGCCAGUUCGCGAUGACAUUCCUCAGCUUUCCUGGAUAACGAGCUUCAGCUAUCGUCUGCUCCUCGAAAAUUACCUCGAAUGGCUUCCUCUUGGUUAUUCAAGUCUCUGCUUGCGUCGUCAGCAAUGAGCUCUGUUUCUCUUGCUUCUAUACCGGAUGUCACGUUCAGAGGCCGUGCUUCUAUUCCAAAGAUUUCCGCAUCCAAAGGUCCUGUCUAUGAUCGCAAUGGAACCUUGUUGCCGGCUUUAGACACCGUGUACUACUUUAAUCAACUGAUUGAUCACAACAACCCAGGCUUGGGGACAUUCCAACAGCGAUAUUGGACGACCUGGCAGUUCUACAAGUCGGGGGGUCCUAUCGUUUUGAUGACUCCCGGCGAAGCCAAUGCAGAAGAUUAUACGGGUUACUUGACCACCGGUGCUAUCAACGGUCUCAUUGCCCAGCAAGAGAACGGUGCGACAGUCCUUCUUGAACAUCGGUUUUUUGGCUUCUCCAAUCCUCGUGACAAUCUGGCGUCAGAAAGCCUCGAACUUCUGACUAUUCAGCAGGCCAUCGAUGAUUUGGCCUACUUUGCAGAGAACGUAGAUUUCCUCAUACCAGGUGGUGACCAGGUCAAACCUCAUCAAGCGCCUUGGGUCUUAAUCGGUGGCAGCUAUAGUGGUGCGUUGACGAGUUGGACAAUGGUCAAUAAGCCGGGUGUAUUCUGGGCAGGGUACUCUUCGUCAGGAGUCGUUGAGGCUAUCACUGAUUUUUACGACUACUUCACACCAAUUCGCAAGUACAUGCCCGCCGGCUGCGCAGCGGAUGUCGAAGCUGUAAUCGCUUACCUUGACGAGAGUGACGCGCAUGGCAAUGCUACUGCAUUGAAUGACCUUAAAUCUGCAUUUGGUUUAACUGGCCUCUCGCACAUAGAUGACUUUGCGUCUGCAUUGCGCACCAACUUGUUUGACUGGCAGAAGUAUCAGCCAAGUAAAGAGAUACAGCAUGGGGCGUUGUUCUCCCAAUUCUGUGAUGCUCUUGAAAACGUUACUGGCGUUGUCGCGGGUCCAUCGGGCAGGGGACUUGACCAUGCUAUCAUUGCAUGGGGCGCAUUCUGGAAAAAUACCUACUACAAGUCUAUAUGCGGACAGGAGAACGCUGAUGACUGUCUGGGGAGUCAUGACCCCACCUUUGGUUACUACAGUGACACAAGCGUCAAUAACGCUGACCGUUCAUGGCUAUGGAUUGUCUGUAACCAGGUUGGUUUCUAUCAGGUAGGCCCUCCUGAAGGUCAGCCUGCUAUCGUGAGCCGUAUUCUUCAGCCCACAUACGCCGAAAGAGAAUGCGUGAAUUAUUUCCCUCAAGCGUUCAGUGCACCCCGUCCGCCCACCACUCAGGAGACUAAUGCAAAGUACGGUGGAUGGAACCUAACAGUCGACAGGCUCUUCUCUGCCAAUGGCCUUCUUGACCCUUGGCGAGGAGCCACUAUGUCUGCAGAUGGCGUGAACAAGCCGACUAAUGUGGAUUUACAGCCGGUCUACGAGAGUAAUGGAUUCCACUGUUCAGAUCUCGUCACUGAGUAUGGUAGCAUAGACCCUACUAUUGCGAAGGUGCAAGCUGCUGGCCUGUCGUAUAUGAAGACUUGGCUCUCGGAGUGGAAAGCGUAAAGCUCGUAAGGGUGUUUUGAAAUGGUAUUGGGGUGUUGAGAUGCUGCGACCGAAGAUGUUUCUUGACGGUAGUGUACUGUACACAUGGGAACGAUAGUUGACGCAGAAGUGAAUAAAUUUUGCGUUGUGGAAAACCACGGGG